AUGCAUACCCAGAAGAUCCCCCUCUCCCCGCCCAGUCUCGACGAGCUGGCUGACAAGCUCAAGGCUCCUCUCGAUGCCAACUUCGAAGAGUCAUCAGUCAGCGUCGUCACAUGUCCCGACCUGCGAGAACCUCCCUUCCGCCUGGCCACCGAAGGGCUCUCCGGUGACGAAAAGAUCGCAGACAUCGGCGGCCAGCCGAACCUCUUUCCCCGUCCUGUGCUCGGCACCAUCUGGUCUAUGCCUGAUCUCGCCAAAGCCAUGGAGAUGAGCCCCGAAAAAGGAAGCCUUAUCGGUGCUGGAGCCGGCCCAUUCCACAUCGUCGGCCAGAACUGCGAGCUUGCGCAGAAUUUGAGCUGGAAAGGAGGGUUCGACGGCGUGGCCAAUGGGUCGCGAAUUGCCCAGAUCAGUCCUGACACCGGAGGCGUCGGCGUUGAGAAGAGCCCGUCUUUGGACUGUGCUCUCAUGAUGAAUCUUUUCGGCUCUGCAGGAAACCCCGGUCCAGUCCUGAAGAUCACCGCACGCAAGCGGACGGGAUCAGAGAGGAGCUUCACUGAAUGCAUCCGCAAGGCACUCCAUGCUGCGUACGGCGACCAACAGAUCAUUAGUCUCGGCGGCGUUGUCUUGGUCAAAUCAGGGACGGCAAAAUAUCACGUCAUGCCUGACUUCCCUUCAGAGGAGGAGCUGCCAUUCAAGAGCCGGAAGCAGCUAGACAACUGGCUGACCUACCACGACUUUAAUGGGCCCGUCGUGUGCUUGUCAGUUUUGCACUCGGCAGACCCGGGAAAAAGGAUCGGGCUACGGAUGGAGCAUACGCAUGGCUUCUCGCCGUUGGGGAAGAAUGCUGGGGGACAUUAUCACUAUGACAUCGAUGAAGCUGUGGAAGAGGUCCAGUAUGAGGCAUACUUCAACACGGCAAAGAUAAUCUAUCGGAUUGAUAAGCCGGAGGCUAUUCUGGACCGGGACAUGCACGAUUAG